GCUAGCUAGCUGCUAGCUAGUUACGCAGUAGCAGUUUGGCGUCGGGCAGCUAGUAAACCAUUGGACUAUUGCCUUAGAAAACAUUUUCUCUCCGCCCCCCCUCGGAUAAUAUGAAUGUUGUCCAUUGAUUUCCGUGGACGUUAUCGUUACAAUGACCGUAUAACACCGAUGUUACCGACACACGGUUUAUUAUUAGUCUGCGGCCACAUUUUCCGUUUCUGGCCGAGCUAGCGAACCAGCUAGCAUAGCCGCCGAAGAUAGCCUGUUACCGACGAUGGCACAGCCCGAGAGACGCUCGAUAAAAGAAGCCUAGACUCUGCAUGGCGACGGACUGGCAGCAGUGGGAGUGAGCAGCCAAUCAGCCAAGGCCACCGGUAGCAACAUGGCGUCCCGUCAGAGGAACUCGGUCCGGAUCUUGUCCAGCCGGGAGAGGGGCUCCCAGACGUUCGGAUCUCAGAGGCUCCUGCAGCUGCUGGUGGAGGAGAAAGUCCGCUGGAUGAAAUGGCAGAGUCAGAAAGUGGAGCUGCCGGAUAGCCCUCGCUCAACGUUCCUGCUGGCGUUCAGCCCCGACAGGACCCUCAUGGCUUCCACACACGUCAACCACAACAUUUACAUAACGGAGGUGAAGACUGGAAAGUGCCUACAUUCCCUCGUGGGCCACCGUAGAACCCCCUGGUGUGUGACCUUUCACCCCACGAUUCCCGGCCUGGUGGCCUCCGGGUGCCUUGAUGGCGAAGUCCGCAUCUGGGACCUGCAUGGUGGAAGUGAGAGUUGGUUCACAGAAAGCAACGUUGCCAUCGCUUCUCUGGCCUUCCACCCGACCGCUCAGCUCCUCCUCAUCGCCACCAACAACGAGCUCCACUUCUGGGACUGGAGCCGACCGGAGCCCUUCGCCGUGGUCAAGACGGGCAGCGACACGGAGAGAGUCCGGUUGGUGAGGUUUGACCCUCUGGGCCACAACCUGCUCACAGCGAUCGUGAAUCCGUCCAAUCAGCAGAGCGAGGAGGACUCGGAGGUUCCGAUGGACAGUGUGGAGAUGCCUCACUUCCGUCAGCGCUCCUUCCUGCCCUCCCAGCCGGUUCGUCGUACACCCAUCCUACACAACUUCCUCCACAUCUUGUCGUCUCGCUCGCCGGGCGCUCAGGCGGGAGGUGAGCAGCCGCGGCCUCUCGGGGAAAAUGGAAGCAAUAUUGGAGAGUCUCCCAGCAUCCCUCUGGCCCAGUACCCCAGCUCUGAGCGCGGGCCUCCCUUCCCCGGCUGCAUCCAGCACCUGGGCAUGGUCUGCCUCUGCAGCCGCUGCUCCGUCAGUCGGAACCCCUCCCUGGCAGCCGACGGUUCCUCCGUGACUCCGUCUGAUCCCCGGGUGUCGUCCGACGCUCCCCCGCCUCCUCCAGCCUCCACCUUCUCUUCGGCCCGUACGGAGCCCAGACAGCCGUCGGAGCGACCCUCGGCCUUUACCUCAGUCUACUACAGUGCUGGCACUUCUCUAAACCCCACCGCACCGAGCGGCCUCGAGCCGCUCUCCACCUCCAGGCCCGGACCUGACUGGACUCGCAACCUGCUGACCAUGAGGGAGGGUGGGGUCGGUCCAGGCAUGCUGCCUCCCAGAACCUCCUCCUCUUCCUCCAUCAGCCUUCUUUCAGUGCUCCGUCAGCAAGACGGCUCCUCUCACUCCCCCGUCUACACCUCUGCCACUGAAGGCCGAGGUUUCCCCCAACAAGGAGAACCCGGGGCCCGGGACACCGCCGGCACCAGCAGUGGGCAUCACCCGUUCUGGGACGGCUCUCGCAGCAACACGGCCUCCUUCCGCAACGUGCUGCAGUGCAACCUGAGCCGCUACUUCAUGGAGUUCGACCGCAUGCAGGACCUGGAGCCGCCGUUAGGGGGCGCCAUGGACCAGAGCCACGAGCAGAGCCAAGAGCUGCUCAAUAAUAACAUGGACCCAGACAGACCUGGACCUUCCUCAUCUUCCUCCACCUCCUCCCCCACCAUCAUCCAUUACCAGCCUCCUCUCCCGCCUCCCCCCUCCUCCCACAGCCUGGAGAACAAUGUUCCUCCCCCGGCCUCCCGAGGCCAUCUGAACCGCUGCCGGGCCUGCCACAACCUGCUGACCUUCAACCACGACUCUCAGCGCUGGGAGCGCACCAACCAGGCCUCCUCCACCUCCGCCUCCUCCCUGGAACCCUCCUCUUCCUCCUCCACCUUCCCUUCUUCUUCUUCUCCUUGGCAGCCUGAAGAAGGCAGGAGGACACUAGAAGCCCAAACCCAGGAGAGGAGGGCUCCUCCGGAGGGCAGCGAGCAGCCGCCUCCUCCUGGAGGUGGAGGAGCAGGACCAGUGGCCUUCCCCAUCGCCCCGUCCUCCGGCCAGCCUGGAGAGCAGGCCGUGGGUUUGGUGUACAACCAGGACACAGCGCAGUGGGAGAGGGUGUACCGGCAGGCUGCUGCCGGCCGAUCGGCAGAGCCACCGGAGGCCUUAAGCCAAGAAAUGCCUGUUGACCCCCCAGACGAGGACUCCCUGAGGAGGCGACUGCUGGAAUCAUCUCUGUUAUCGCUGUCUCGCUACGAUAUGUCAGGAUCAAGAGACCACCCCAUUUACCCCGACCCCGCCAGGCUUUCUCCAGCGGCGUACUACGCUCAGAGGAUGAUCCAGUACCUGUCCAGACGGGACAGCAUCCGCCAGCGCUCGCUUCGGUACCAGCAGAACCGUCUCCGGGCCAUGUCGUCAUCAUCGGACAGCCCGGCCAGCAACCCGUCCAGCACCAUGGACAGCAGCGACGUGGACUUUGAGGAGCUGGAUGAUAACGGAGACAGAGCGAGGCACAGGACUCCACGAAACGCCCGGAUGUCUGCACCCUCGCUGGGUCGCUUCGUCCCUCGGCGUUUCCUCCUGCCCGAGUACCUGCCCUACGCUGGAAUCUUCCACGAGCGAGGGCAGCCCGGCCUCGCCACACACUCCUCCGUCAACAGAGUGCUCGCUGGAGCGUCCAUCGGAGACGGUCAGUCUGCAGUCGCCAGCAACAUCGCUAACACCACCUACCGUCUGCAGUGGUGGGACUUCACCAAGUUCGACCUGCCUGAGAUCAGCAACGCCUCGGUCAACGUCCUGGUGCCAAACUGUAAAAUCUACAACGACGCCAGCUGCGACAUCUCUGCAGACGGUCAGCUGCUGGCAGUGUUUAUUCCCAGCAGCCAGCGGGGUUUCCCAGACGAAGGCAUCCUGGCCAUCUACUCUCUGGCUCCACACAACCUGGGAGAGAUGCUCUACACCAAGAGAUUCGGUCCCAACGCCAUCUCCGUCAGCUUGUCCCCGAUGGGCUGCUACGUCAUGGUGGGCCUGGCCUCCCGCAGGAUCCUGCUGCAUCCCACCACCGACCACAUGGUGGCGCAAGUCUUCCGCCUGCAGCAGCCUCACGGAGGAGAGACGUCCAUCAGAAUGGUGUUCAACGUGGUUUACCCCAUGGCUCCAGACCAGAGGCGCCACGUCAGCAUCAACUCGGCUCGCUGGCUGCCGGAUCCGGGGAUGGGUCUGGCUUAUGGAACCAACAAGGGAGACCUGGUGAUCUGCCGGCCUGUGUUCUAUCGAAGCGACGGCGAGAGCCCCGGAGAGUCGAGCAGCGAGCCGCUAUUCUCCGUCAACAACAGUGGAACCAGCCGGACCCGAGGUUCUGACAGACCGGGUCCGAAUCGCUCUGGCUGGAGGCUGGACAGAGACAUGGGACUGAUGAAUGCGAUUGGUCUUCAGCCCCGACAUCCCGCCCCUUCGGUGACAUCACAGGGAACCCAGACGCCCAUCAUCCAGCUGCAGAACGCCGAGACGCAAACCGAGAGGGACCUAUCAGAGCCCAGCGUCUCCCAGCAGCCACUCAAUGUGCCUCCUGAGACUCCAUCCACCAGUCGAGCAGCUCAGGGGCAGCUGGAGGCGUCUCAGGGCGGCAGAGGUCAAGACGGCGUUCAGGGCGAAGCUUCAGCCGAGGCCAACACUUCUGCAGCGAGCACUGGAGACUCUCCGGAGUUCGGUUCGGGCGAAGACGCUCUGGCCCGUAUCCGGCGGCUGAUCGCUGAAGGCGGCAUGACGGCGGUGGUGCAGCGGGAGCAGAGCACCACGAUGGCCUCCAUGGGCGGCUUCGGGAACAACAUCAUCGUGAGCCACCGGAUCCACCGUGGCUCCCAGACGGGCACGGCAGCCUCCAGGACCCCCGCUGCCGACCCCGCCACCUCCACCUCAGGUCCCCUCCUCAUCGCCCAGCCCCAGUCCUACCCCCACCCCCCUCCCCAGGCUGCCAACCCGUCGGAGCAGCUAGCUCCGGUGUGGGGCCCCGCGGUGCUGUCGGGCCCCCAGCCGGGCCUUGCUCUGGCCGUGGACAUGGACGACGUGUUUGACGGGGGCCGAACGGACGACGACUCCCUGCCGGGUCCCUCCUCUUCCUCCCUGCUGCUGUCUUCCCCCUCUUCCUCCUCCUCCUCCUCCUCCUCCUCCUCCCACAGCCCCCUCCCCGGCGGCGGAGGCGGGCCCAACGGUUACCCCGGCGACCCGUACAGCAGGUAGUCCCCCUGUCGGCCGGGAUGUUGGGCGACGGGCGCUCCUCAAAGCCUUAUCUCACAAAGAAAUGGGUGCUGCUUCGACUCUGCACAGGGUCUCCCGCCUGGAAAAAGAAGGGACACAAGAACCCCCGCCUCACCCCUCCUCACCCCGACACCCCCCAAAGUGGCAUCGGCGUGCACUUCUCCUGCACUUACAAAACCUGGACUGAAGCUGAAAACCGCGAUCAUUCCUCGUCAGAAAGGGCUUCUACUUGAACGGAGGCCAGUUCUCGCUGAGCUCCUCUCCGCCCGACUCUCUCUAACUAUCAGCGUGAUGGACGUUCCGUCAAAGUGCCAUGUCUGGGGGGUGAGGAGGAGGCGGGCGAGAGGGGAGGCAUCUCUUUUCUCACACACAUUUACUCCGACGUGCUGCAUUCGGUGCCAUGUGAUGUUGAAUUUGAUGUGAAAUAGUGCGUGAUUGAAGUGUUUAAAAAGUGAAUUCAGCACUACUUUAUUUUGAAGCCUGUUUUUUUUUUUUUUUCCCUUUUUUUGUACCGUGUGUAAUUAUGACGUUUGAAAAAGCAGGAAUCGUGUCCGUGGUCGUCUGAGGCUGGACUCUGUACGGCGGCCCGCAGCCGAGGGGAGAAAAAUCACCGAUGACUGAACGGACAAAACGAGACUGAACAAAACUGAGUCUACUGCAUGUCUUUUCAAUAAUGCUGCAGUUCAUGAAACAAAAACACGUUGAGUUUCUUCUGUUUUUUUUAAAAGGCUGAAGAGGAGAAGAACCAUUUCUUGUUUGGGGGGCGGGGGAGGAGGGUGGAUUCAUUAUGACCUGCUCCAGCCCCUCCCUAAAAACCCACCCAGUUGCACUACAGUGUGUUUGGUGCUAAGCGAGGCCUGGACGGCUGUGUGUUUUGUGUGUUUGCGGCCCCCCUCCUCCGUUUCGAAAGCGUCCGAUCGCUGAAACCGCGUUCGGCGAGGCGGGCGGUGACCGACGCCACGUUUUUAAAGCGAGUGACUUUGCAUUUUCUGACCGCAGGCGUCACCUGUGUGAGCAGAAGUUUGUACAUUUUGAUUCCAUUCACAGAGAGCCGCGACCGACGAUUGUUCUCGUUGUCCAUCGACCUGCAGCAGGUAGAAGGUCUGAUGUUUUAGCUUAGAUUAACCCUCUGAACCCUCAGCUUGUCACAUUUUUACUCAGUGUGGGCGAUUUAAAGUCCUGCACUUCUGUGGAAACAAUACAACAUGGCUAAAAGGGCCAUGAAUCAUUAAAAAAAGAUGAACUUUGUUGAUUAUUUUACAGAAACUGGAAUCAGCAUUUUUCCCAAGUGCCCACAGUUGUUACAAACACUGGGAAAAGAUGGCGACUCUACAUAUGUGGUUAUUUAACUGUUUACAUUUACAUAUUUGCAGAAUUUUGGUCACUAAUAGCUGCACAGUUGCAUCAAAGAGCACUGAUUUUUAUUGUUUUUGUUACAGACUCUGGUGCAGCUGGUUGAGACACAGAAUAAAGGAUUUGGUGAAAAAUGACUUUUUUAAGCUGAGAUUUGGUUAAUUUUUCAAAAAAAAAAGUCACAAUUUGUCUGAAAGUUGAAAAUCUGGUGAUUCUUUCUGUGUUUACACCUUCUGGUUGAUCGGUGAUGUAGUUUUGGUGAUUUUUUUUUAACUUAUUUGAUGGUUUUUGGGGUUCAGAGGGGUUUAUACUCGACGCCUGAGUGCUGCAGUUUGUGUCUAAAAUCACACUCCUAAUCAGAGUCAGUUAGAUCUGAACUCACACACAUAAAACACACAUUUUUAGAUUCAGUUGGAUUUCUGCUCGUUAUCUCUGGAAAAAAAAAAUCAGACAAAGCACUUCAAAACCUGCCUGAGAAUGCGCCUCUUUCAUAGGUUUUCUUCAGUAAAACAGAAAUCCAGCGAUAGUUUUCCGUACACCCACUGCAAACAGGAGCUGCUCACAGAAGUUCUUCAUAUUUAUUACCUGUUUAUGUCCUGCAAAGCAUCAUGGGAGUUGAAGUUUGUGCUGGAGCUGGUUUUCAAAUGUCUUGUUUUGUCCAACCAGCUCUCAAAAUACAAGAAAAGAUGUUUGGUUUGGCUUUUACAGGGGAAAGAAAGCAGAAAAUGUUCGUGUUUGUAAGAUGGAACUGCAGCAACAUUUUUCUGGUUUUGCUUCACAGGGUGUUUUCACAUUUCACUCCUGUUCUUUUAUCCUCACACAUUCUUCCUCCUGGCAGCACCAUAGCAGCUUCUAUUUUUGUUGUUUUGUCGUCUACUAUGUUUAUACAUUUUUGUCGGGCUGGUUGCACAAAACAAGACAUUUUCCAUCUUUUUUCUGUUAUUUUUGGUCAAUGAAAACGAUUCUAAUUGUCAGUCGCGGCUCUUUCGUUGCAUUUUUAGGGACAGAAACGUGCAGAAACACUGGUGUAGUCCUUCGAAAGCGAGGACGUUUCUAUCAGCAGCGUGAGUAAAACGACCAAAAGGAAAGGUUUUGUGUUGUUUGUUUUCUUCUUUUUAUCCGAGCGGCGGAGUGAAAAUCUGCUCACACGUGGUCGGUGGAGACACGUCGAUCUGAGACACGCUCACUUCUGAGUGUGUGUGUUCAUAUAAAACUAGAGGUGUGUGUUUGUGUGCUGCAUCGUGAGCAGGAAAAAGUGUGUUUGUGUUGUAGUUGGGGCAGGCUGGAGGCACAUGUGGCAUCUCUGCCAGCUACAGCUGAGGGAUGUGGCCUGAAACUGAUCGUCUUUUUCCACUGCAGGAGCUUUAACCGGAGAACCUGCUGGAAAACGUCUUGGUUCUGCAAAAACAGCAGCAUCCGUAGGGUCAAGGUGAAGCCAGAACUUCCAGAUUCAGCUCUAGAAGUAAGAAAGCCUCUUUCAGAAUCACCCUGAAGCUCACAUCUGCACUCGCAUCUGAAACUCCAGCCUCACGUGUUCAAAUAAGGUCAAUAUUUCUGUUUUUAGCUGCCGUAACGAGACACAAUUUGCCAGAAGCCGUGCACCAAUGCUGUGUCAUUUUGAGCGGAGAGAAAAAUGCUUGAUUUCAGAGAUUCUGUGACCUUAAGCAACUUAAAAUAGGUUGAAUAACAAGAAAAAGGCGUCUUCGUUAACAGAACCCAAGAAAAAGCUGAGAAGCCAGAAAUUCAUAUUUAUAGAAACCCUGAUAUGCUGCCUCACAGUUCAGAAGAAGAGAAGUCAGCGACCCUCAUCGAGAGGUUCUGUAGAUCCUCAUUUUAAUGCAGUAUUAGUGUGCAGUUACUGAUUACUAGCUGUUGGAAAACUGGCGUCAUUUUUUUCCUCACUUUGGGUUAAUUUUCACCACAAUCUGAAGUCCUGCACCUCUAUGGAAAUAGAACCACCAGGACUAGAAGUAGAGGAACUCAGAGAUGUCUUCUGUGCAGUUUGACUCAAUUCUAAUGCCAUAGAUGGUUAAAAAAAAAAAAAAAAAAAAAAAAAUUAAAAACAUACUUUCCCAAUUACCCACAGUUGUUAACUGAAAAAUAGUGUUGUCUCCUCUCUAAACAUUGCCUGCAGUUCAGCAGAAAAGUCAAACGUGUCUGUUAUGUAACUGUUGGUCACAGCUGAGUUGAAAUUUCUAUUUUUUUUUUUUUUUUUUUUAAAACAAAAUGUCAUGCAAAAGAUUAUUUUUGGUGUAUUUAUAAAUAGAUUUUGAUGAAUAUUAAGCUCACAUAUGGCUAUUUUUUCUGAACAAAAGCUGAAAAUCCAGCUAUUCUUUCCAUUUUUACAGUUUUUGUUUGAUAAAUUAUGUCAGUUUUGGUGGGUUUUUGGGGUGCAGAUGGUUUAUUCUUCCUCUGUUUCUUGAUGCCUCCACCGGUAAGACUCUUCCUCCACCUAAACGUUUCUUUUGUGGCUGAAGUUUGUGCAUUUAAUCAGGAUCGUUUAGAAACCAGAAACAGGACUUUGGCUUGCAGAUUCAGGUUUUAAAAUGUAAAGCAGGUAACUUAAAAACCACCCCAGUCCAAAAGACUAUCCCUGUUUCUGUAUUUUUAUUAUUUAGGUUUAGGUUUAUUUAGUUGUCACAUUAAAACAUGGUAAUAUAAACAACAUUUACGAGGAAGGAACGGUCUUUUCGAGGCUUGAGGCUCACUUUAGCUCCAAAUAUUAAAACAAAUAAAAUCUCACCUCUAAUUGUCACUGAAGAAGAAGCUAAUCGUGUCGAGUGCAUCUUCCCAACCGUUUUCCCAUCAAAGCUUGUUUAUUCUCACUUAAAAGUAUUUUUAAUGCAAGUUGCUGCACUACAGUCACCAUUUUGGUGCUUCCUUCUUAAUUAUAUCCUGUUGGGCCGUCGAGCUCAAAUGUUACUUUGCUCCCGAUCCAACCUGAGUUAUUUAAUAUUCAGUAUCCUCUGAUAUCCGGUACCAUUUUCCCAGCUAAUGCACACUUCCAAGUAUUGUAGAUCAGCUGCAGUACCUGGUUUAAUACUGUGGCGACCAGAUUAGGAGUUUAGUUAGGAGUAAAGGAGGACCAUGACAGAGACUAACAUGAGGAUUAAUGAUCUCAGGCCAGAGAACAAGUGUUAAAUGGAGCUAGGGUGUAUUAAAAAGAUGAUUCCAUCACCUGGUAAACACAUCAGAUAGCUGCGAUUGUGGUUUUUUCUCAGGUUUUCGCAGUUUACAAAGAUAGGCGGAGAGAUUUGUGACCACCACUUCCAAAUUCCUGCGAUCUCUGGGUUUGGAUCGCCCCAAUAGCCUCUAGUGUGUGAUGCGCCCUUGUUUUUUUUAAAUCUUGUAAUGUUUGAAUGUGUGGAAUUAGAUUAUCUGUGAAGUUUCUCCUGAUGAUGCAAGGAUUCUAAAAGUGAAGCUAUAGAUGACCAAAACUAGAGCUCUGAGGGACACCGCCGAGUGUUUUCCGCCACUUUUAAAGCUCCUGUAGUGCAAAAAGUCCUGUGAUUGGUGUCUCCAAACCAAACCCCGCCCACCUCCCCUCUCCCUUCAAACUUCUGCAGAAGAAAACUUGAAUUUUAUGAUGAAGCGCUACUUUUCCGUUUCCAGCCUGUGGGACUAUACAGCCGGCGGCGCUCUGCUGUUGUUUUUUUUUUUUUUUUUCCAAACUUUUUUUUUAAUUGUUAUUUCACAUGUGCUUAGCCACCCACGCACAAAGCUGCAUAGAGGUUCACGUACUGAUAGUGUUGUGUGUUUGUGUGAAUGUGUUGGGGUGGGGAGGGUAGUAGUAGUAACGGACCUAUGAUUCAACUUUCUGCCGGUUAGUCCAGGUGAGAUCUCGUUUCCACAGCGACCCCGGCAGGUGAUGUGAUCUGGAUGCUCCUCCUGGCUUUACUUGAUCAAUGAACAUUUUAAAGCGACGUGUCCGAGCGUGUUUUUGUUCUGAGUGUGCAUGUUUCGGGUUGUCCGUGAAGAAUGAAUGUGAAGGAGAAACUGCGCCGCCGCAAUCCAGCGAUGCAACUGGUCGAUGCGAAAGGUACACCUGUGUCAGCCCCCUCCUCCCUCUGUCAGACUGUGGAGUUUGUACAGCUCUAAUGCGACUCUUUGCUUUGACUUUUAGACGUGAUGUAAUUAAACAGCUUUGAGAGUUUUUCUGUGA